AUGGUGAGAGUUUUUGUUUCUGAACUAGAAGUCGCUGCGGCCCAUGCAGAUGGUGGAUCAGAUAAUAUUGCGUUCGUGAGCUCGGGGGGGCUAGUUUUGUUGGGCAUGAUCGUGACGUUUCUUUCAAUUGUGUCAAUGGUCAUCUUUGCUUGUGGAGAUCCAGGAGAUGACAAUACACCUCGCAAGAAAAAACGUGAAGCUCCAGAAGAUUGUGGAGAUUGUGGAGAUUGUUCUUGUUUCGGAGAUUGUGGAGAUGGCGGUGGCGGUGGCGAUGGCGAUGGCGGCGGUGGGGGUGGCGAUGGCGGUGGUGGCGGUGGGGGUUGUGGUGGCGGUGGCGGUGGUGGGGGUUGUGGUGGUGGUGGCGGCGGCGGCGGUGGUUGA